CGAUAACCUUACAAUAAAAAACAAGUCUUAGUUAAUCUUUAUCAUAUUAUAAUUUACACUUAUCUUAAUUACUUUAAACAUUUGAUGUAACAUAAUAUUUUUGUACUGUUGAUUAUUUGUGUUUCUUCCAUUAAUAUAAUUGCAGAUCUUAUUUUCAACAUGCCAACGUUCUUUUCGUAUCCGGAUUUUGAACUCCAGCAAAAAUUAAGGAAGACUGCCGAAGCUAUUGUGGCUCCAGGAAAGGGAAUUUUGGCAGUUGAUGAAGCCAAUGAGGCCAUUGGCAAGUUACUGGCAUCUGUUGGACUGAAUAACACAGAGAAUAACAGAAGAAAAUAUCGACAACUUCUCUUUACCACAGAUAAUGUUCUAUCCGAGAAUAUAUCGGCGGUUAUUCUGUUCGAUGAGACGGUAUAUCAGAAGACGGAUGACGGUACGCUCUUUAUGGACGUGUUAAAAAGGAAAAAUAUAAUACCGGGUAUUAAGGUUGAUAAAGAUGUUGUACCGUUGUUUUUAUCUGAGGAUGAAUUUACUACCCAAGGUUUAGAUGAUCUAGCCAAACGUUGUGCUGAAUACGAGAAACGAGGUUGUAAGUUCGCAAAAUGGCGUUGUCCGUUAAAGAUAGGGCAGCGAACGCCUUCCAUGCUUGCUAUUCAGGAUACAGCGAAUGUUUUAGCCAGAUAUGCUUCGGUGUGCCAGAGCCAAGGUUUGGUGCCUAUCGUGGAACCUGACGUGCUUUUAGAUGGGGACCAUGACAUCGAAAGAGCUCAAAAAGUUACGGAGGUCGUUUUAGCUGCUGUAUAUAAGGCAUUAAACGAUCACCACGUGUUUUUAGAAGGAACUUUACUGAAGCCUAACAUGGUGACGCCUGGUCAACAAUCUUUAAAACGAAAUAGCUUAGAAGAAAUUGCAUCAGCUACAGUUACUGCGUUAUUGAGAACAGUGCCACCUGCUGUACCAGGAAUAGCAUUCCUAUCUGGUGGACAAUCUGAAGAAGAUGCUACACUGAAUCUGAAUGCUAUCAACCAAGUGGAUAUGAAGAAACCCUGGGCCCUCACCUUUAGUUACGGAAGGGCUCUCCAAGCCUCCGUGUGGAAGACUUGGGCUGGACGGGAUGAAAAUAUUAUUAAGGCACAACAAGAGCUCUUAAAGAGAGCUAAGGCAAACGGACUCGCUUCCUUGGGAAAAUACAAGAUUCCAGUCACAACGUCUGCCGGUGAUGCAUCGAAUUAUAUUAAAGGACACAAAUACUAAGUACAUAAAAGAUAUGUAAUAAAUAAACUAAUAAACGAAUUGUUUGUUAA